ACAAUAUGAAACAUCUCAACAGUUUAUUUAUAAUUAUUUUAAUCCAGUUAUUCGCUAAAUAAGUUGAUUAAAAUUGUGUCUCAUUAUAGUUAAUGUGUUGAAUUUAUAUUGCGAUUUGGAUAAAUCUUUAAAGAAUUGUUGUCAACUAUAAUUCAUAAGUUAUUAACAAAUCUCACGCUACAAUCCUUUUACUUUUUCUUGAUUGAGACUGUUUCCAUGUCUCGUGAAUUUGAUGCUUUUGUUUGAUUUAGAGUAAAUAUUUACCUAAUCUCACUAUAAUUAACUAUUUUGCGCGAUACAUUGACUCAAAUUGUGUCUUGAUACAUUUUGUGAACUUGUGACUUAAUCUGGUCAUGGCUGGAAUUUUAUUCAACCUUUUUUACUUAUUACGAUCUCGUUUUUUCUCUACUCAAAUAUCUAAACUAACUCAUCCAUGGGGCUUUCCUCUUCCACCUGUGCUCCAUCAGACAUUAGAUAGAACUUUUACCGAUAACUAUGAUGAGAUACUUAUUUUAGGAGAUAUUCACGGCUGUUUUGAUGAAAUGCUUGAGUGUAUAAAAACAGUCCACCAUUCUAACAAUAGUAAAAUAUUGAAAAUAUUUGUGGGAGAUUUGGUAAACAAAGGAGAGAAAAAUGUUGAAGUUCUUAAAUAUUUAAUGAACGAUGGUAAAAAUGACUGUAUUGCUGUUCGUGGUAACCAUGAUGAAAUCGUUAUUCGUGAAUAUUUGAAAAUCAAAAAUGAAGGGAAAGUUCCAAGUCCAACCAAUCAGUGGAUCCAAGAAUUACAUCAAGAACAAAUCGAUUACAUUGUGAAAUUACCUUACACAAUUACUUUAAAUGAUUUAAAUAUACUAAUCGUGCAUGCCGGUUUAGUGCCUGGAAUACCUUUAGAAGAGAAUCAACCCUUGAAUAUGGUUUCCAUGAGAAAUUUGAUUAUUGAAAGUGAUUCCAACGGAAACAAAUACACGCCUAACAAGAGUGACAAAGAAGGUGAACCAUGGGCAUCACUUUGGCAAGGGCCAACUCACAUUUAUUUUGGACAUGAUGCCAAGCGACGUCUUCAACUUCAUAAAUUUGCUACAGGACUUGACACCGGCUGUGUUUAUGGUGGACAUUUAACUGCAAAGUUCGUUAAGGGUCCUAGAAGAGGAACAUUUGUUAAUGUUAAAGCUAAAAAAGUUUAUCAGCCAAUUACUGAGCCGUCUGUUGUAAAUUAAAUGCCAUAAAAUAUGAUAGUAAUUUAUUCUCUGUCAACUGGGAAAUCAAUCAAAGUAUACUGUCAGUGUAAAUAUCCAAUGGUUUUAUGUUUAAUAUCUGACUUUAAUCUGGAAUUAAUUAACUCUCAACUACACUAAAAAAGUGUAUCAGAAUAGAUUUCUAUGAUUAAUGUACAAAAAUUUUAGUAUGAAAAAAUAAAUAGAUUAUAUUGUCAAUAACUCAAA